AUGACAGAUGAUACAUAUGCUCAAGUAAAUCCGGACAAGCGUGUUCUAUAUUUUCAAGAAGUUUCCCGUAAAAUUGAUCAUGGAGGUGACGCAAGUCUAAAAACCUUAGGACUUGUCGCCAAACAUCAUGCAAUCAAAGCGAACACCAGUGAUGGAAAACAAUAUCUGAUUGAACGUGUAAAUUCUGACGACCCUAAAGAAUCCACGGAUCUCAAAAAGUCUGCAUUUGGCGGUAAACGAUAUAAUCUUCUGAUUGCCAAUUGUCAACAAGCUACCAAUCAAGUUUCUAAUACACAUUCUGCUUCUUCUGCUAGUAAUGAACCAGCUCAAAACCUUAAUGGACGAAAGAGAACAUCGAAAAUG